CAUUGCUGGGAGCGUCUACCUGUGCGAUAACAACCUCCACAUCACCAAGACAUCUAGAGACGUCUAGAGGCGAGAGACACUUGGACUGUACCCGUGAUACAUUGUGAAGUAUUUAACCACGAUGAUGAAGUUGAGUUUGGCCGUGUUGGUGUUGUGUGUGGCGGCCUGUACCGCAGACACAUCCUAUAAAGUAAACAUCAAUAACACUUACGUGGAAUUUAUGACAAAAUCGCUAAUGGCGUCCAAACAGAGUGACAUUUCCAAAGACGAAAAUAAACUGACUGUAAUGUUCGCGGAUCUUCAGCAGGUCAAAGCUGAUAAUGCUCCAAUUGCUGGUCUAAACAACACUCUGCCUGCAGCAAUGUUCACGUUUGAAGAUGAGACAGACGAGACUUCAGGGGACAUUACUUUUAAGCGUCGGGUAGGCAAUGCGUCUGUCUUUGAAGGAACGUUUAAGGUGUACAUUGAAUUGUUUACCAAGGGCGGUAACAUCACAAUGGACGGGGAAACUACGACAGUGAUGGAGGGAGGCGUGAGAGUGGUUGUGGAGAUGGCGGCCAUGACGUUUGCGGAAGAUGCUGCCACCUUGAAGCUGAUGCUAAACAUUAAAGGACCUGCCACCCCGGCAAUGUUGACACCUGCGGGGACAGAUGGGGUCGCCUACAAUCUCGGGGAGGGUGGCGCUGUCAGACUCUCCAAGAAGGUGAUGAUAAUUACACAGGGCGCUUCCUAUCAGUCUGUGACUCCGAUGAUGUCUGGUAACGACUUCAGCUUCAGCCUCCCUAAAGGUUCCUCCGUGAAAUAUAGCUUCUUCCUCCAGCUGUCUAAAGCGAAGAUGGGUGGUGGUGAUGACCCCAGUGCUGCUGCUGCAGUCACCCCGCUCCUGGUCACGUGGGUCGUGGCCGCCGCCUGUAAACUUCUGUUUUAAUGCUUUACGGUCUUUGUCAGGCUCUCCGCCCAUCUGUCCCGUGCCUUACUUGGAUUGGGCGUUACUAGGAAACGGUUGAAAACGGUUACAUCGAGUGGCGCACAGGUUGUGGCCUGCAUCUGUAUUUUAAUGUGAGAUACUUGGUUUGUUUGUUUGUUUGUUGUUUUACGCCGCACUCAGCAAUAUCCCAGCUAUAUGACGGCGGUCUGUAAAUAAUCAAGUCUGGACCAGACAAUCCAGUGAUUAACAUCAUGAGCAUCGUUCCACGUAAUUGGGAUACUAUGACAUGCAUCAACCAGGUCAGCGAGCUUGACCAUCCGAUCCCGUUAGUCGCUUCUUACGACAAGCAUAGUCGCCUUUUACGGCAGGCAUGGGUUGGCAUGGGUUGUCCAUCUGAUUGUCUUUAGAGAACACAGUCGUGAUUAAUGCUGCCCUUGUAUUACAACAAAUAAUGUAUGUCUUUCAUGUUCUUUUCACAUUUAGUACCAUCCUCGGCACUGCAGGGACUUGUUUAUAUUCGUCUUGAUUAUAAGGAGUCUGCGUGUUUCAGCUGUGUGUUUGAGUAUAUCUGCUCCCAUGACGGCCGAUGUACUCGAGGAGUCAGACACUAUGACAAUAACAGCUUGUUUGAAAUCCUGUAAAUGUAGCUUGUAGAUAGACAGACACAUAAACAUCAUCUUGUGAGUUGGGCAUAAUGCUUUGAAUGUGGUCACUGUUUUAACCUCGCCAUGCCUAAAAUGUUUCGGUAGGCACCUCGUUUAUUCGGAAACCUUUCUGUUCGGACGCCACCACCACCGCCACCACACACACCACCUCCACCUUAUGCUGUGUUAUGAAGCCACGAUGUGGUCAUUAUAUAAACCUGUUGAUUAUUAAAAGUUAUACGUUAACAAUUCAUAAAUCACGUGAUUAUAUUUUUCUCCAUUUAUCAUUUGUUUUGUUUGAGUAGUGACUUAUUUCUUAGGACCUUUCUACCCCAAUAAACAUCAUAUAUACAAAUAA